AUGGCUGAAGCAACUCCGUACACGGUCUAUCGCGGUACAUUCGUUCAGCUUCCCCACCUUGAUUCCAGCUCCAAGCCGGAGCUCGCUCGAACCGAAGGUGUCCUGUGGGUCUCUUCAGAGGAUGGCCGUAUCAAAGGAUAUGAUUGGCAAGUCAACGACGAUGCCAGUUUCCAAUCGUUCCUGUCUAGCCACGGCUGGACCGAUGCUGAGGUUACGGUUGUGAAGUCCAAUGCCAAACAGAACGAGUUCUUCUUCCCCGGAUUCAUUGAUACCCACAUCCACGCGCCUCAGUAUCCCAACUUGGGGCUGUUCGGAUCAGAGGGUCUCCUUCCCUGGCUGAACGAAUACACCUUCCCAAUGGAAGCUAGCUUCGGCUCCAAGUCAGACCCAGAGAACAAGGACACCGACCCUAGAGACACACCACCGGCGGGCCUCCGGGUGUAUGAUGAAGUCGUUGCUAAGACUCUUGCCCAUGGCACAACUUGCGCAUCUUACUUCGCCACCAUCCAUGUCCCGGCCACCAAUGCCCUCGCGGCCCUUUGCCACAAACACGGCCAGCGCGCCUUCAUCGGCCGUGUCUGCAUGGACAACCCCGAUCAGUGCCCGUCUUAUUACAUUGACCAAUCCGCCGAUGAGGGCUUCAACGCAACAAUCAGGAGCAUCGAUUACAUUAAGAAGCUGGACCCGAACGGAACAUUAAUCAACCCAAUUGUAACUCCUAGGUUUGCCCCAAGCUGCUCGAACCACUCCCUCGAUGGCCUUGGAAAAUUAGCUGCAUCCUAUGAACCGCCCCUCUGGAUCCAAACGCACAUCUCCGAAAACCUGGAUGAGGUUGAACUCGUCCAGCAACUGUUCCCAGAGUCAUCCAGCUACGCUGAUGUCUACGACAAGGCUGGCCUGCUUACCAACCGUACCAUUCUCGCACACGGUGUGCACCUCACUAAAGAUGAGAUGACUCUGAUCCGCGAGCGGGGCUCCAAGGUUGCGCAUUGCCCAGCAUCGAACUCUGCUUUGGGCUCUGGACUUGCUCCUGUCCGCUUCAUGCUCGAGCAAGGCGUCACGGUUGGUCUGGGCACGGAUGUGGCCGGCGGGUACAGCCCCAGUAUCCUUGAAGUUGCGCGACAGGCCAGCUUAGUGUCUCGUGUGGUUCAAUAUAGCGCGGAAUACCAAGCGCUGUCGGGUAACAAGACAUCCGAUGGGGGUGAGAAGCUCUUGGUCGAUGAGGUACUCUAUCUAGCCACGCGCGGCGGUGCAGCAGUCGUCGACAUGGCGGAUGACAUUGGUGGCUUCGAUAAGGGCAUGAUUUGGGACGCGCAGCUGAUUGAGUUGGGUGCUGGUGUGACGAAUAGCACCACGAGCCCGCUUGAUGUGGCUACUCUCGCUGAUCGAGCUGAGACUGGCCGCGUUGGAAAUGUGGAUUUGUUCGGAAAUGAGACUUGGCAAGAGCAGAUCCAGAAGUGGAUGUGGAAUGGUGAUGAUCGGAACGUGAAGAAUGUGUGGGUUCAGGGAAAACUGGUCCACUCCAGAGAUGAGUGA